GGUGGGGAGAGAGGCAGGGUGGGGAGGGGGUAGGAAGGCAGGGUCUGUGGGGCAGCUGAGGCAGUAACCAGUGUUCCUGAGACCAGCUUAAGGAGAAGGAAGUAGCCAAAUGUGAACCAAAAAAGCCAAACCUGCCAAGAAAGACUGUAACCCUCAGGCACAGGAUCUUAAGGCUGGGGACCAACCCUAGCCCUGAAGAACUGCUCCAAAGGCUGUCCUCAGUGCCACCCCCAAGGAGGCAGCCAGGGCUAACCCCAGAACCACCACAAUCCUGGCGCAGCACCUCCUGGAACCUGCGCCUUCCACCUGAGAAACUCAGCAGCUGCCCCGACCCCUUCUAUGUGCAAUGCGCCCCAGCUGAUGGCUGCAUCUACCCCAAGGGAGAAGCGCCAUUUUUUUCGUUCAAAGUCACAACUGCUCACCAAGCCAUGAGCCAGCUGGGCUGCGUGGCACCCGGAGCUGCCUUUUAAGGGCACCAUCAGGAAGGAACGAGCACCUUUUUACAAUCUUGCACAGCUUUCCUUGCUGGCCUCCCAUGCUUCAUCUGGCCUCUGAGAAGACACAGGGCAUCAAACCCUUUAAGGUCAGAAGCCCUUCCACCGAACACAAUUGGGGUACAGAGCAGCCCACCCACCCAGGAUGAGGCACUGCUGGACUCACCCUGAGUCUGGGUCCCUCACUUCAGACCAACCUGCCCAGGUGGGGCUCAGCUGUGCCACAAACGUCCCUCCCCCCACCAUGGCUAGAUGUCCCCUCACAACACUCUGGGACCCCUGGCACACAACAGGGAGGGAGAAGGAAUGCCUGGACUUCUGGACUUCCUCCUGUCACUCUCAUAUGAACUUCCACCCUGAUACACAGACCAGACCAUGCAGAGGGAUAGCCCAGGGGGUAAAUGAACGAAGAGAAGCAAGGAUACAAGCCCCUUCUCAAAGCCCCCCAGACAUUCAGAGCUUCCCCUCCUUUCAGAAGCCCCAUUCCCAGACUAAGAAGAAAAAGAAGACAACAUCUGUGCCUAGUCUUAAUUCCAAUGGGCCCCUCCCCUGUGCUGCCAUGGCUGACCCAGCCCAGAUGACACAGGACGGGGCUGUGUGAAGGGUCUCCUGCCCAAUGGCUUCCUUUCCCAAGGCCAAGGCCAUCACUCUCUUCCAGCUCUGCGAACCCACAAUUCCUCCCCUGGCUGGCACAUGGUGAGACAAAUGCCCGCAGCCGGCACGCCUUGGUCCUAACAAGUCCCUGGCCAACCAGGGUUCCCCUGAUCACAGGGUGCAUGAGGGGGCGGGGUGCGGGCAAGCAGAGAAUUGGGGAGCCCCUCACAUACACAGUGGGCCCCAGCCACCACCCACUGCUGCCCUUCCCUUUGCCUGGUCCAGCCCUACCUGAGCCAUCCAGACCCAGAAGGGGUGGGGCCUGCCCACUGUUGGCCACGAGGUAGGGCCCCUAGGGGAGGAGGGAGGGUAAGAGGGCGGGUGCUCUUAAGGCGGGUCUGAGGGUGAACUGUGUCUCUCCUUACUCUUCACCUGGUCUCGGAGCUGUCUUGAUCCCAGGAGCCAGGAGUGAACACAGCAGCCUGCCUGCCCUAUAUGCCAGCUGACCUGGGCUUGUAGGAGGGAAAAGAGGUUUACGAUGAAGAGAGAAGAGAAUUUGCCAAGGUAGCAGGAUCCUCCUACCUUCAGAGCCCUUGGGAACAAAGAAAGUCCUGAGAGCUCCUGCUUGGCAAGUGACAUCUCUGGGAUAUAAGUGAGGCUGGUUGGGAGCCAGAGGGUCACUGCCCCCACCAUGUCGCAAGUGAUGUCUGGCCCGUUAUUGGCAGGAGGUCAUGCCGUCGGCCUGGCUUCCUGUGAGGAACCCAGGAGGGUCCUGCACCCAGCACCCAGCCCCAGCCUGCCGCCCCAGUGUCCUUACUACACCACAGAAGGCUGGGGAGCCCAGGCCCUGAUGGCCCCCACACCGCCCAACAGGCUCCAACAGGCCCCACAGGCUGGAGCCAAAGCCAGCUGCCUCCUGCGGUCUCCAGGUGAGCAAGUCUCAGGGGCCCUGGAGGCCCUGGACUCCUACAUUGACUUCUCCCUGGAGAGUCUCAACCAGAUGAUCCUGGAACUGGACCCCACCUUCCAGCUGCUCCCCACAGGGCCUGGUGGCCCCCAGGCUGAGCCCACCCAGAGCACGACCUCACAGAGGAAGAAAGAGGAGCCUGAAGCCUUAGAUAUAAAGUACAUCGAGGUGACUUCUACCAGAUCAAGGUGUCAUGAUGGUCCCCAGCGCUGCUCCAGCCCAUCUGUCAGCCCGCCCUUCGGCUCCCCACGGAGUGGCGGCCUCCUCCUUUCCAGAGAUGUCCCCCGAGAGACUAGAAGCAGCAGUGAGAGCCUCAUCUUCUCCGGGAACCAGGGCAGGGGGCACCAGCGCCCACAUCCGCCAUCUGGAGCUCCCUCCUCUCGUCCCCCACCCUCUCCCAGCAUCUCCAUCCCUUGCAUGGGGAGCAAGGCCUCAAGCCCCCAUGGCUUGGGUUCCCCACUAGUGCCUUCUCCAGGUUUGGAGAAGGGGCUGGGGGGCCUGGCCCCACAGCGAGGCAGCAGGGUCUCCGUGCAGUCAGCCAGCCCAGCGUCUGAUGUCAGCUACGUGUUCGGAAGCAGCCAAUCCCUCCUCCACUCCAGCAUCUCCAGCCAACAGUCAUCUUCUAGGUCCUUGGAAAGCCCAGCCAGCUCUUCCUCCAGCCUCCAGAGCCUUGGCCCAAUGUCCCUGUGUACGAGAGCCAGUGACAUCCAGGUCCCCAGCAACCCCACCCCGAGCCUGGGCCAGCCCAGAGCAACCUACUCCCCACCACUGGCCAAGGAGCAUGCCAGCAGCUGCCCCCCGUCCAUCGCCAACUCCAUGGUGGACAUACCCGUCGUCCUGAUCAACGGCUGCCCAGAACCAGCAUCUCCCCCGUCUCAGCGGACCCCAGCGCACCAGGACUUUGUCCAACCUGGAGCUGCUCCUGUCAGUCACCCCUGUUCAGCCACCAGGAGCCACAGCCAGACCUUGCCACAUGCCUCUCCCACCACAUCUCUGGAGGGUCCCACCAGAGACAUGCAACCCACCAUGAAGUUUGUGAUGGACACCUCUAAAUACUGGUUCAAGCCAAGCAUCACCCGAGAGCAAGCAAUCGAGCUGCUGAGGAAGGAGAAGCCAGGGGCUUUCGUUGUGAGGGACAGCACUUCAUACCAAGGCUCCUUCGGCCUUGCCUUGAAGGUGCAGGAGGUUCCCGCACCUGCCCGGAACCCGUCAGGCGAGGACAGCAGUGACCUUAUACGCCACUUCCUCAUUGAGUCUUCCGCCAAAGGGGUGCAUCUCAAAGGAGCAGAUGAGGAGCCCUACUUUGGGAGCCUCUCUGCCUUCGUGUGCCAGCACUCCAUCAUGGCCCUGGCCCUGCCCUGCAAACUCAGCAUCCCGAAGAAAGAAUUGGGAGGUGGAGACGGGACCUCAGACCCCUCUGCAGAUGGCCGGACCUCCUCCCUGAAGAAAUCUGUGGGCUGCCAUGCCCUGUACCUGAGCUCCGUGAGCGUGGAGACCCUGAGCGGAGCCCUGGCUGUGCAGAAGGCCAUCUCGGCCAUGUUGGAGAGGGACGUCCUCCCCACACCCACCGUGGUCCACUUCAAAGUCACGGAACAGGGCAUCACCCUGACGGAUGUGCAGAGGAAGGUAUUUUUCCGGCGCCAUUACCCCCUCACCACCCUCCGCUUCUGUGGCAUGGACCCUGAGCAACGGAAGUGGCAGAAGUACUGCAAGCCCUCCUGGAUCUUUGGAUUUGUGGCCAAGAGCCAGACCGAAUCACAGGAGAAUGUGUGCCACCUGUUCGCGGAGUAUGACGCAGCCCAGCCAGCCUCACAGGUCAUCAGCCUGGUGGGUGCUCUGCUGCAGGACACAGAAAGGAUGUAGGGGUGCUCCCUGCACACUUUCCCAGAUAUUCCAAGGAGCUUGCUCAGAAACCCCACCUCCACCCGCUGAAAAGGGGCCUGUAGCCUCACAAAUGAACCAAUGUACUAGACUGAUGGCGAACAGUACUGAGUUGAAACCCUCGAACCCAUAUGACCUUCAGCAGUGACUUUCCUCCAGUCCCCCCCACCCCGAGCCUCAGUUUCCUCAGCCAUACAAAGAAGCCAAUAGACAGGAUCCGCUGUGCUUCUCAAACUUUGGUGGGCAUCUGACCAAGCUCCCUGUGAUUCUGAAGCACACCCACACCUGAGGACCCCCAUGAAAGCCACUUCUGAGGACCCCUGAUGCCAUCAGCCUGACACUACCCACACAGCAGCCUGAGCUAAAGACCUGUGACCCUGUUUCACGACAAACAGCAGGUGCUGGGUUGGGACCCAAGGGGCUGUGGCCCAAAGCUAGCCUGGAAGCAGAUGGUAUCCAAGGAUUGAGGACCAAGAGUUGGACUGACUCCCUUUCCCUCCAUACCUGUUUCUUUCUCCACUUCCCUGGCGGCUUCUUGGGCAGCUGUUCCCAGAAUAAAGUUGAAUCCCCUGCUCUGGAUUCUUCAGGCUAACGUGGCCAUGCUUGUUGGAGCAGCUUAGCAAUGGAGAACUGGGCCCCAUGGUCAGAGAUAACCCAGCUGUCCUCGUAUUUUUGAUGUCUAAUCCCCUCCAUUGCAAAUGAGUGUCAGUCUCAGUUUUUCUUGUAUUUUUCUGGUAAGCAAGUGUCUUCAGCUGGUGUCACAGCUGCCCUAGUGUUGUUG